UCGUGCCCCCCUCAUCUCUUCGUGCACGACUAUCUCCUCCGCAGUGCACUGCUGGACAGCGCUGAGUGCGGAGUACUGGACAGUGCAGGACAGUUAGCGCGCAUCAGCGAGGGCACGCGCUACCGUACAGUCCUAAAGUCCCAAUCGCCAGCCGCGCACGAGAGCAGCACCUACAUGGAGCUAAUAUGAACUAUCUGAGGGCUGAUCUUCACUUCACGACUCACACUUACAGAUUUACAGUUUGAGAGGAAAGGGACAUAUCAGACAUGGACACCUUGGUGUGGAUCUGGAUUUGUGGAGCGCUUGGAUUGGUGUUCGGCUCUAAGCUUGAGCAGGCCAUAGACGAGGAGUGUGAGUCGGGCAAUUUCACUCGAGGUGGAGAAUGCUGUUUGCAGUGUCCUCCAGGAGAGGGAGUGGCCAAGGAGUGUGGGGCCACCCAGACCGAAUGCGGUCAAUGCUUAGACAGUGAGACAUUCUCUGAGACGUUCAGUCACACAGAGAAGUGUCAUACUUGCAGAGAAUGCACGGGUCUCAUGCGCAUGCAGACCCCCUGCACCGACUCGAACGACGCUGUGUGUGUGUGCAACUAUGGCUACUUCAUGAGUGAGCUGACGGGCCAGUGUGAGCCGUGCACUGUGUGUCUGCGUGGUCACGGUGUGCUGAUGCGCUGCGACCACUCUCACGACACGAUCUGUGAGGAGUGUCUGGACGACACCUACUCUGAUCAGGAUAAUACACUGGACCCCUGCCUGCCCUGCACCAUCUGCGAGGAGGAAAUAGAGAUUCUCAUGAGGAAUUGCACACCCUAUGAAGAUGCAUGGUGUCAUGAUCCGUUGAGUCCUACCUAUCCCACUUUCGCUAGUGAUUCCAGUACGUCUGUCACUGAUCCAAAUGGUUUGUGGAGCCCCAACCCCGGAGGGGAUGCCACAACACCCAAACCUAGCUCCCCUCACUUCAUUGGCAGAGGGCUAAAUGAGAACCUGAUUCCCAUCUACUGCCCCAUCCUUGCAGCGGUUGUAGUCGGCCUUCUGGCUUACAUCAUCUUUAAGAGGUGGAACAGCUGCAAGCAGAAUAAACAGGCAGCUAAUAAUCGAGCAGCCACAGCCAAUCAGACACCAUCUCCAGAGGGAGAGAAGCUGCACAGUGACAGUGGCAUCUCGGUGGACAGCCAGAGUCUGCAGGAGCAGCAAGCGCAGACACAGACACAGGCGCAGGCCCACACACAGCUGCAUGUAGCAGAGCAGAUUGUGGUGAGAGUGGAUGGAGGGGCUCAGCCUGACUCCCCUCCACCUCAGGCCUAACCAGUGAGGAAGAGAAUGCUACGUUAUCAACCGAAAGAGAGAAUGAGAGGUUGGAGUGAAGGAAAGAAGGAGGCAGAAAGAGAAGAAUGGAGGAGUGAAUCCAUGAUGGCCAUCCAGUAAGGGACACAGAGACAAGAACUCCGAUCCUUUUGAAUCCAGCAUGGACGAUUCAUUGAUGAGCUGGGAUCAACAGUAACAGUGGAUCCACCUCAGCGAUAAGAAUCACUGACUUAAAAUAGCUACUUCUAAAUAAACAUAAGCCUAUUACCCAGAAGAAAGUUCACCAUAAUGUAUACUGAAAUCCACCACAAACUCUGAUGAAUGUUUAACAUAUACUGGGUUUCUCAGAUGUAUCAAUACACCCUUGUGACACAUAGUCUGGAUGUCCCGGGCUUCACAAGACGACGUAAAGAGACACUAUCACAGUCUUCGUGGAUAUUGUGCAAUUUAGCAGCCACACCAUGGUUCCUUGAUCUGGAGCCUUCUGCCUGAUCUAAUAAGGAUUUUGUUUUUGCCUUAUCUUUGAAGUAUUAAUAGAUUUUGUCUAUAACAUCAAGGCCCUUUAUUUAAUCAGAAUUGUACACAUUUUCAUUCAGCCGUUUCCAGGUAUGUGUUAAAACUUUGUUGGGUUAUAUGCAUAACUACCAGUCGCCAUUUAGUUUCAAAGUAGCUGAUCUCAGAUCAGCGUUUAUUGGCAACAACUCACGACUGUGACAUUUGCUGACCUUUAAUAAUGUAAUGACUCAGAUCUAUAUUUAGUUUGCCUUCCUUUUUCUCUCCUUCACAACUUUUUCUCCCUAAAACCCAUUCAUGGCGUAUCAUAUUCCCUGCCUUCUUCUAGUUACUGCAGUUUAGGUUUCAUUGCCAAGAUCUUCUCGCCUUACCUCUUGAGAAAUUUGAGUCACAAUGCAAACAGAAACCAGAACUGAAAGAGCUACAGAACUAUUUUCAUGCCAUCAUGCACUCCUAGCAGUAACCACCAUGUUUAUGUCCUGCCAUUAAUCAUUCAUAUCAUUUUUCAGGUUUGAUAGAGAUUUGGUGGGAAUUCAUCUUAGCAGCACAGGUUUGAUAACGAUUCCAGUAAUGAUUCCUGUAGUACUUUUGAGGGAACUUUAUCAACCUCCUUAAUAAUUUAAGUAUGUUCAUUGACAAUUAAUUUUCAAUCAUCAUAUGUGCAGCCAAUACUAGGAUUUCCCACAGCAUAUUUUCAAGCAUGUUUUCUUUCUUAGAUGGCUUUUACAC